AUGGUCCAGGACAUCCAAGGCACCGGCCUUGGAAGCCUGGAAGACGUCUACCUGGCCAUCAUCUCACCUCUGAGUAUUGAACGAAAGUUGCCACAACCCGACGCCAUCAUUGAAUUGGCACGAAAGCACGCCAAUACGCAUAAGCAGUCAAGGCAGCUGAGACAGAGUGAGAUGACGAGUGUUUACUUGUGGUUUAUUCGAGUAGUGAAGGGGCUACAAGAAGAUAUAAUGAUCCAGGCACUCGCCCUUAUGAUGGAUCACUUGAGGGCUUCUAUCGAUACCCUUGAGCUAUUGGAAUGUCAACACGUUCACGGCUCAGGCAUUCACGACUCAGGCAUUCAACUGUUGAAACGUGACAGGGAGAAAAUUACAAAAGUGCUGCAGGAUGUUGACGCCGGAGUGUUGGCGUUCAUGUUGAGACUAUACCAGCUACAAGGACGACCUUGGAAUUGUCCCUUGCUCAAAUUGCCUAGCCCUGUUGAUGCUUCGUACUUGAUUCGGAAGCUCAGGGACCUUGGCCUCGACGUUCAUGUAUGGGCUCUGGACCGCUCCGACCGAAGCCCCACCUCAGUUCUUCUACGUGGCAUGGAAAAUGUACGGGGUUUAGAGAAGAGAGACAUGCUCGAUUGGACACCACUCUACUAUACGAUCCAGCAUCAACAGGACGGCAAACUGGCCAGCUGCCUGGGCCAGAGACCGGACGUCAAUGCACGAGACCUUAGCGGACGAACACCAUUGCAUUAUGCUUGCCAGGGUCUCACGACGUCCAAGAUACAACUUCUCCUGCAGGCAGGCGCGGACAUAAACGCACGAGACGACGCUGGAAUGGCACCUUUGCACCAUGCAGCCCGCUCCGGGAGUGGCGAAGGGGUGCGAUUGUUGAUCGAAGCUGGGGCAGAUGUAAACGCGGUAGAUGGGUUUGGAAAUGCCCCACUGCACGAUGCUGCGUAUGCGGGAAGUAAAGCAACUCUAAUGGGGUGUUUAGAGUAUGCGAACGUCAAGUUGCGCAACCACAGUGGGAGGACGGCCUUGCAUCUGGCUGUGAUAGGGGAAAAGGGUAGUGUUGAGGAGAGGCAGGAGGUAGUCAAAGUCCUCAUGGAGAGGGCGGGUGUCGACAAGGAGGCAAAGGAGUUCAUGAACCUCACGCCGCUACAUUUGGCUGCUCUAUCUAGGCACAAGGCCAUCGUCAAGCUCCUUGUCGAACAGGGCGUUGAUAAGGAAGCUAAAGACAUAUAUGGUGACAGGCCAUUGCAUUUGGCUACUAGAUUUGGGCACCAGGCUAUUGUCAAGUUUCUUAUCGAACAGGGCACUGACAAGGAAGCUGGGGACAAGUAUGGUAGAAGGCCAUUACACUUGGCUGCUGAACAUGGGCAGGAGAAUGUUGUCAAGCUGCUCAUCGAACAGGGCACUGACAAGGAAGCUAAACGCUAUCGUGGUGGUAUGAGGCCAUUACAUUUUGCUGCUGAACAUGGGCAGGAGAAUAUUGUCAAGCUUCUUAUCGAACAAGGCGCUGACAAGGAAGCUAAAUGCGAGGUUAGCAAUGAAAGGCCAUUGCACUUGGCUGCCAGGAAGGGGCACGAGGCUGCCGUCAAGUUUCUUGUCGAACAGGGCGCUGAUAAGGAGGCUAGAGACUAUAGUGGUCGAACGCCGUACGAGGCUGCUAUUGAGGCGGAUAAAAAAGAUAUAUGUGCGACAUUGCGCCCGUAUUCCCUCACGUAUUCAUAG